AUUUUUCUCAUCUUAGUCCUUUCAAAUUUCUCAUAGUUGUCGAUCGAGCAGAAGAAAGAUAUGGCUUCCAAGGCUUUCUUUGUGUUUGGUGUUCUCUUGGUCUCCCUUCUGAUACUCUUGGUGGCGGCAACAGCUAGGGAGAUGACCGAGAAAACUCAAGAGAUGAACGUGGUGGAAGAGGGCGUCGGGGACCAGGAGAACUCUGGCGGAUACCAAGGUGGCCGCUCUGGUGGUGGUGGAAACAAUGGAGGCUGGCCUAGUGGCAGUGGUGGUAGUGGUAGUGGUGGAAACAACGGAGGCUGGCCUGGUGGUGGCGGAUACAACGGAGGCUGGCCUGGCAGUGGUGGUGGAAACAACGGAGGCUGGCCUGGUGGUAGUGGUGGUGGUGGUAAUGGUGGAAAUAACGGAGGCUGGCCUGGUGGUAGUGGCGGUGGUGGUAGUGGUGGCGGAUACAACGGAGGCUGGCCUGGUGGUGGUGGCGGAAACAACGGAGGCUGGCCUGGUGGUGGUGGCGGAAACAACGGUGGCUAUUCUGGUGGUGGUGGUGGAAACAACGGAGGCUGGCCUGGUGGUGGUGGCGGAAAUAACGGUGGAUAUUCUGGUAGUGGUGGUGGAAACAACGGAGGCUAUCCUGGUGGUGGUGGUGGUGGAAAGCAAGGCGGCGAUCCUAGCGGUGGAGGGUGGAAAUCGGCAAUCUUGGCGGCGGUGGUGGUGGAAACAACGGCGGCGUUCCUCGUGGUGGUGGAAACAAUGGCAGUUAUCCUAGUGGUGGUGGUAAUAGAAAUAAUGACGGCAAUCCUCGCGGCGGCGGCGGUGGAAACAACGGUGGCUAUCCUAGUGGUGGUGGUGGAUACAACGGCGGCUAUCCCGGUGGUGGUGGUGGUGGAUACAACGGCGGCUAUCCCGGUGGUGGUAGUGGUGGAUACAACGGCGGCUAUCCUGGUAGUAGUGGUGGUGGCGGCGGCGGCGGCGGCGGUAGUAAUGAUGGAUACAAUGGUGGCUAUCCUGGAGGUGGGCGUUAUGGUGGUGGUGGAUACAAUGGCGGAUAUCCCAGAGGUGGCUAUCCAGGAUAUGGCGGUGGCAGUUGCCAGUGGGGUUGCUGAAGCCGCUGAGGAUAUGGAGAUUGCGAUCGUUGCACCUAUAUUGGUUAUUCCCGAAUGCUGAAGUUGUGCAACUAGCAUAAAUAUAUACAUAAUGCGCUAGUAAAAAUCCAACAUGGUGUCGUGGAAAUCAUACGUAGUAUCCCGAGUGUGAACAAAGGGAGAGAACUCUCUCUCAAGACAAGUAAAUAAAUAAAUAAAUGGAGAGGAGAAGGUGUUUCUGUUCGGGCUCUCAAUUAAUGUUUAGACUUAGGAUUUUUUACAUCCUCCGAGCAUGAACAGAUUGGUGUUCUUUGGUGCAAAUUAUCAAUCAGUAAAUUGAUAGCAUUUUUUUUUUUUUGUGGUUAAAAACGGUAUUUCAUAUAGCUCUAACAUGAGUACAGUCUGCCUGGUCAAACAAAAGUAAAAGAUACAAAAAAGGAGGUAGAACUGCCAAUCGAAUAUUAUUAUUAGCAUAUUCUUGAAUAUUACUAUUCAGGACUAAUUUUAGCAAAUUAUUAUUCCUAGGCUGAUCGUCUUGAACAUGAAAUUUGUGUUACUCGAUCUAUUGUUCUGCUUCUUUGUUUAGCUGACUGAGCUCUUUUUGCUUAUUUUUCACUGAAAUUGUGCCUCCCGUUAUUAUCUUGUUUAAAGCAUUACUGAAUGUUUUGAACUCUGAUUUGAUAACUCACUGGUGAUAUGGAACAUUGAAUAGAGAUUUGUAGGAGAUUUUUGGCCCAACACAUACUCGUAUGUUGACAGGGCUUUACACAUAUGGUGUCUUUUUAUCCUUAUGUUUGCACCAAUAAUGUGGCUUACAUGUUCUUCAUGUGAUCUAAGAACUAGAUCAGUUUCAUAUCAUCUCCAACAUGGCAAUCAUGAUUGUCAUGCAGAACAGCUUUACAAGCUGAUUCAUUACAUUCAAUGCUACUGUGCCUUUUCCUUGUCUUCUUUUUUUCAAGGAAAUUGCUUCUUAGUACUAUGACUUUAUCUAUAAUCAUAUGUUUACAUCUGUUCUCUUAUGUUUAUUGAUCACUUCAAUUGGACUCUAUCAUCUAGGUACCCAUCAUACUGUCGACCAAAUAUAUGGCCUUCCAUUUCUUUGCCUGAGCUUGAACAAGGUACAUGGGCAUCUCUCCUCUGAAUCCAUAUAUGUGAAUAAUACUGGAGAAGGUUCUUCAGUCUGUUGGGUAAAUUGUAUAUUAUCAUCUUCAUGAGAUUCCUAAGAGGAAGUUAUAUCCAUCACUGUGAGAACUUUGAGAAUAUGGUCCCUUCCAAUUCUUAUUUGAAAUGCUUCUGAAAUGUUGAGUGAUUCAUGUUGGUAGAAUUAAUUGGGUGAUUCUCAUAAUAAAUUUUCCUGUAAUUUCUUUCUCUAAUUAUUUUAACUAUUCUUUUAUAGAUCCAAGAUUCUUCACGCUUAUUCUCUGAUUCAAAUUCUAGCAUCCAUCACUCAAGUUCUUGACCCAAAGAUUCAUCAACACCUUGGUAUAUUUUCAAUUUUUGUGAUUAUGUAUCACCGUCUUUAUAAUUAAAAAUUUAACUUUGUUUAUCAGAUAAUAACCAUAUUUUCUUUAUUUCUUUUUUCUUGUCCUUCAGCUUCUUUUUUUCAGUCAAAGUUUGUUCUGUUAUGACAGUAUGCGGUUUUCUUGUCAAAGUUUGUUCUACUUGAUGGAUGUUUCCUCCUUCAAAUGUUUAAUGAGGAUCUGCAAGCGGAGGAGCUCAGAUCGCUUUUCGACGAUAAUGUGUGCCUCAAAUGUCAUAUUCUCGUAGACCUGAUGUUGCUAGAAAAUCAACUUCCGUAUUUCAUUGUCCAGCAUCUCCUCGAAACACUGGGGAUGCCAGAGUGGGAUAGCUCCCGCCUUCUGAAUGCUGCCAUCGAUGCGUUCGAUGACUUUCUGCCAUCGUUCUGGAGAGGUCCACAGCCAGAGCUGCCCGCCGAAGGCUUCGAUGUGGAUCAUUUACUCCACUUGAUCCACCGAUGGAUCCGGCGAUUCCCAAAAUCAGAGGUGACCAACACAGCAAGCUACAGUAAACGAUCAAGGACUACUUAUUCUGCUUUAUCCCUAAUAAUCGACAAGACUGGGGAUUGGCUCUCCAAGGUGUUGCCGCGCCGUACCAAUUCUUCGAGUUCAGAGGUAUUCCCAAGAACCCUCCCCCCCAUUACUAGACUUGCAGAGGCUGGAGUGAAAAUCGAGGGGAGCAAGUCAGCAUCUGGCUUUCUAGACAUUACGUUCUGUAAGGAUCGGGGGUGUUGGGAAUCCCGGCCAUUUUUGUUGAUGAGUCAAUGAACUUCUUUUUUGCAAACCUAAUUGCUUUGGAGCAAAGUUGCAGGAGACACGAGAUGGAUGUCACUGAAUAUACCAAGUUUCUGGAUGCCAUCAUCAACACCUCAAGAGAUGUGGAGUUGCUUCACCGGGAAGGGAUCAUUCAACCGCAUAUUGGAGAUGACCAGGACAUUGCAUAGUGGAAGUACAUUGCAAAUGUAAAUUGACAGUAUGAAUGUAAUUUGACAAUAUGAAUGUUUUGAUAAAUAUGUUUGAUUGUGCUAUGAGUAUAAUCUCGUUUA